GUAUAUAUAGAUAUCCGUGGCUGAGCAGGAGAGACUAGCAGACAAUUACUCUUGGAUCCUCAAGGCUUCCAGAAGUCCCUGAAGAAAGAGACAGCACUGCCUUUCCUGCUUCUCCAUAACCCUUCCAAAAUACCUACAGGUGACGAAAAUGAAAAACAUGUACUUUGUGGCUGGGUUGCUUUUAAUGAUUGUACAGAGCAGCUGGCAAAGUGCCCUUCAAGACAGAGAAGAGAAAUCCAGAUCCUUCAAGGCUUCCCAGGCUGAACUAUUAGAUGACUCUAGACAGCUGAAUGAAGUGAAACGUCAUUCACAAGGUACAUUCACCAGCGAUUACAGCAAGUACUUGGACACGAUACGAGCUCAAGAUUUUGUACAGUGGUUAAUGAACACUAAAAGAAGCGGACAAGGACGUGAAGAGAGUGAGAAAGAAAACCUCCUGGACAAUCUCUCAAGCACUGGACUCGCCAGGCGUCAUGGAUACGAGAGACAUGCUGACGGCACCUUCACCAGUGACAUCAGCUCUUACUUGGAAAGCCAAGCCGCCAAGGAGUUCAUUGCUUGGCUAGCAAAUGGAGGAGGAAGAAGAGGAGAUUUCUCAGAAGGAGCCGGAGUGGCCGAAAACGUUGGCAGAAGACAUGCGGAUGGCACUUUCACCAGCGAUUACCACAAAUUCCUGGAUGAGGAGGCUGGCAAAGAGUUCCUGAAGUGGCUGAUGAGCAACAAACCAACUCAGAGAUAGAGCAUACAGACCACACAUAAAAUAUGAAUACAGAACUAAUCCCCCAAACAGAGAGAGACAGAAGAUUGCAGAAGACGCAGAGAUGCCUUGCAUAAAAACAACUUCGCCUUCAGGAGAUGUUUUAAAUCCAAUCCUAAUAAUAAACUUCACAUGAUCCACUAAUUCAAAAAUACUCUGGGAACCCUUCUAGCAUUAUUAUUAUUAUUAUUACCACCACACUUGCUUGUGUAAGAAAUAAAGCUCCCCCAAUCCC